UCUCUGAAAUCAAUAAAAACAUAUUUUAAAAAUGUUGGAGAUAAGAGAGAACCUGGACCAUUCCUGGAAUAACGUUGAGUUCCUGUCGCACCCUAACAUAAGCACAUUGCCUAUCUUGGCACGAUGAGCCUGAUCCAGCAAUAAGCCUCAUUUUACAGACAAGGACAUCAAGUGUUAGGGAGGUUGAGUUGCCCGGCCAAGGGAGCAGUCCGGCUGGCAUCCAGUGUGACCAAAGUGUGGAACUAGGCUGACGAGAUGAGGCUGCAGACGUUCACAAGACAGGUGUUCCGCACAGAUGAUGUGGCCUUGAGUGGCCUUGGGACGUGUCUCACUCUGGUCUCCCCUCUGGGGAGUGUGCAAAGCCCGUCAGGGAAGAAUGGCUGCAGGAGCCUGGGCCUGAGACCCAUGGUGCCAAAGUGAGGGGUUUGCAAAAUGGGAGGAAUGACCUUCUGCUUUCCCCCCAGAAUGGAACAGCAGAGGGGGCUCCUGUUACUACUUCUGGGCUUACAGCUGCUGCUGAUGGGGGCAUUGCUCUGCCCAAACCACCACCUCCAUGGCUUCACCUCCUCCCUGCGCUUCCUCACACAAGACCAGCUGGAGCGGGGAGAAGAGCUGCCCUUUGUGGUCCAGGUCUCCUCGCCAGGAAUCCCUCGCCAGGAUGUGUACUCAAACAUCAGCCAGAUCCACCAUGUGGACAUCAGAAGGGAGGAUUUGCCCAACUGCCCCCUUGUCUCACCCUACAUCAGUGGCCCCUUGAAGGUGAUGAUCCCAGAGAACUUGACAAUGGAGCAAGUGGUGGAAAAGAACCCGCUGGUGGAGCUGGGAGGCCAAUACCAGCCACCCAACUGCUGGACACGGCACCACACAGCAAUAGUGGUGCCCUACUAUGGGCAAGCCCUGCACCUGCAGCACCUGCUCUUCCACCUGCACCCCUUCCUGCAGCGCCAGCAACUGCAUUAUGCCAUCUACGUGGUGAAUCAGGUGUGGCAGGAAUGGCGGGGGUCAAGGGCAAGAGGGCAGAGGGCUUUUAGCAUGAGUUUGAACAAUCAGAGCUGAAGUUGUCACUGUGGGCUGAGUGUCUGGGCCACAGAAUAUCUGGGGGGCUGGAUUUAUGAGUACAGAUCUUGAAUGGGGGCAAUUAGAGCCAAGGACUAUGGGUUUGGUCUUAACUAGUUGAGUUUGGGAUCAGCUUGAAUGGCUGCCUGUGGGAAAGGCUCUGUCUGAUUCAUGAAGUCGAGGCCUCUCUGAGACCGUGGCUGACCAGAUUAGGCAAUAAAGAUAAGGGGUGAAUGAAAGGGGUUUUGGAUCAGUUAGAUGCUUGUUUGAAUCCUGGUCUUGUCCAUUACUACAUGUGUUAUCUGAGUGUGGGACCAUGUGUCCAUCAAUCCAUCCAUCCAUCCAUCCCACUGUUACCGGAAUAACUAUGUAUAAUAAACUUGGGGGACUUACCUCUUUGCCAUGGUUUUCUCCCCAUGAGACAAAAAUGAUAAUAACACCUGCAUUAUUGGGUCGUGGGAAAAACUAAUUGAAUUAGUGAAUGUAUAGCAGUGAGGCCAAUGCCUGGCA